UUCUGGACAACAAACGGAUAGAUACUUUGUCCAAGCAUUGAACUUGCCGGUCCACUACUUUUGAGGAGCACUGUACAAACAACUCGUUUGUCAAAAUCUGGUACACUGACAGGAUCUUUUGUCCUCCUUGCUCCCGCCUCCGCAGCAAGGAACUCUGCAUUUGACAGGGCUACAUGUAAACCACCAGCUGGCCCGACAAGCAAGGCAAAGAGACCGAGAUGAACAGGCGGUUGAAAGCCAGCGCGAAGUGAGUCACGCACCCACUCGGUAGCCUCGUGAAUUACGCCCAGCAGGGAGGCCAACCUGCACCUGGAAAAGCGGCAGCAGCAGCAGACACGUCGUGAGGCAGCAGCAUUCGACAUUCGAAGAAAGGACGGACUGACAGACGAACAGGACCCUCACUUGUGCAUAUUUUUGGGAGGCAAAGGAAGAGGACCCCCCCCCGAGAAAGCAAGCAUGGCUUCCUAUGCAUUGGGCCCUUGAUGCUGAACUGUGCUACGAGAGGGGGCGGUGCAUCGUAGCCAACACACACACACUCGCACAUAGUCAGAAGAAGCCCUUCAAUGGAGAAAAUGAGAGACUUGGUCCUGACUGUGAUCAUCCUUCUGCCUUUGGUGGCGUCAGAAUCAGAGCACUGCAUCAUUCAGCGAGAGCAUGACAAAUGCAUGGAGAGGAUGGAAAUGCACGACCCCAACGAUGACCUGGACAUGGCGUGCCCUUGGAUGUGGGACAACCUGACCUGCUGGCAGGCUGCCGACGUGGGCGAGGUGGUGGUGGUCAACUGCCCAGAGUUUUUCCAUGACCUGAUGGGACCGGAGGACGAGAUGGGACGGGUCAGUCGCAACUGCACAGAAGACGGCUGGUCGGAACCGUACCCUCACUACCUGGACGUGUGCAUCUUCUACGACAACGCUACUAAACCGGACAUGUACUAUGCAUCAGUCAAGGCCCUGUACACGGUUGGCUACAGUACGUCCCUGGUGUCUCUCACCACUGCCAUGGUCAUCCUCUGUAGAUUCAGGAAGCUCCACUGCACCAGGAACUUCAUCCAUAUGAACCUUUUUGUGUCGUUCAUGCUGAGAGCCAUCUCGGUCUUUAUCAAAGAUGGCGUGCUGUAUGCGCAAGAGGACAGCGACCACUGCUUUGUGCACACGGUGCCGUGCAAAGCGGUAAUGGUUUUCUUCCAUUACUGUGUCAUGUCGAACUACUUCUGGCUUUUCAUUGAAGGUCUCUACCUCUUCACUCUGCUGGUGGAGACAUUCUUUCCCGAGAGACGAUAUUUCUACUGGUACACCAUCGUCGGAUGGGGAACCCCCACCAUUUGUGUGACUGUCUGGGCGGUGCUGAGGCUCCAUUUUCACAACACUGGUUGCUGGGAUACAAAUGAGCACACUGCUCUCUGGUGGGUGAUCAAAGGACCUGUAGUGGCCUCCAUCAUGAUCAAUUUUGUUCUCUUUGUGGGAAUCAUCAUCAUCCUGGUGCAGAAGCUACAGUCCCCUGACAUCGGGGGCAAUGAAUCCAGCAUUUACCUCAGCUGUGCUCAGAAAUGCUUCAGUGAGCCCUCACAGGCUGUUCAGCAUUCGUGCAGGAUGUCAGAGUUGUCCACCAUCACACUGCGUCUUGCGCGUUCCACUCUCCUGCUCAUCCCGCUGUUUGGAAUUCACUACACCGUCUUUGCCUUCUCCCCCGAGGACGUCAGUAAGAGGGAGCGUCUGGUCUUCGAGCUGGGCCUCGGAUCCUUCCAGGGCUUUGUGGUCGCCGUCCUCUACUGCUUCCUCAACGGGGAGGUGCAGUCAGAGAUCAAGAGGAAAUGGCGCAGCUGGACGGUGAACCGAUACUUUGCUGUGGACCUGAAGCAGCAGAGGCACCCGUCGCUGGCCAGCAGCGGUGUGAACGGCGGGACUCAGCUGUCCAUCCUGAGCAAGAGCAGCUCUCAGAUCCGCAUGUCCAGCCCGCUGGCGGAGAGUGCCAACAUCAGCCUGCCUACCUGAACGUUUGACCACGCGACCUCGCCGUCAGCCGCCGCCAUCAGCCGUCUUGAAUGAAUCCACACCGGGCGGAAGAGACCAAAGUGGCCCCCUGGCUCAUGAGUACUUUUCAUUUUUCAGUUCCUCUCAAUGAUGCCCUUGGAAUUUAAUUCAAAACAAUCAAAGGCGACAUACAAAAUGUUUACUUUCCCCUCCCCCCCAUUUUUAAAACUAUUUUUAAAGUCAUUUUAAUUGAUUCCAAAUUGAAUUGAUCAAAUUUGGCUUUGUGUACGGUGAAUAUCAAUGUGCUUCAAAGUGCCAAAAGAAACAAGCUUUGCCUUGCUUGUGACGCUUACCCCAACCCUGAACCCAAACUUCAACCCUAAGCCAAACCCCAAACAUGAACCCUAAACCUUAUCCCUAAAAUACUUGUUGUUUAAAUGUUCAAUUAAACUUUUCUACAAUCAGCCGCAAGUACUGAGUAUGUCAAAAGAUUCAAAAAUAGACUUAAAAAAAUAAUUGUGGACUUUGUAAAUAUUUUUGAGUGUAGACGAGUAGAUUUCUUCUCAUUAUUGCGUUUGCAUAACAAGUAUUGUAAUGUAAUGUAAAAAAAAAAAAAAAAAGGAUCUGGAGCCCAAAUCUGUAGAUCUCAUCCCAUAUUCAAAACAAUACUAUUGAAGUAGACUUAGUGCCAAAAUGACUUUUCUAUGAAUUAUUCGACAGCUACAGUGCAAUAGAGCAGUGCCAUGAUUUUGUAUUGACUUAAUCUGCAGUUUUACACACGUCGUACAAGGAUCUCAAGCUCCUCUUACAUCCCUCGCCCACUGUCGUGUGCGUCUACAAAAAGUGCCUCGUGCCUCACUCAUUUUUCAUUUAUUUAAGAAGGACAUUGAAAAAAAGCCAUUUUCCUUCAUUGAAUGUACAGUGUUGUGCUUUUACUCUGCGUGUUAGUAUGAUUUAUUUUAUUAUUAUUAUCAUAAUUAUAAGCAGCGGUUAUCUUUUUAAGAUCCACUUUUUACAGUUAACAAAUAUUAAUAACAAAAUAUUUUCAUUUAGCCCAAUUACAACUCCGACACACACACAUUUAAACAAAUAUACAUGUUUAAUUUUAUACUUACUUCUUUUAUUACAACACUAAUUUCAAAACAUACCUCCGAAAGAAAAUAAUGUCAAAAGAAUUCAUCCAUGCCCAAGCCUGUACAGUUUAAAAAAAUCAUCUUCUCACCUGUUAUAAAAAACAACAACAACAAUUUAACCAUUGUAUAAUACAAUUUAAAUCAAGUAAAAUUGCUGUUUAUAGACGCCUGACAAACAUGUGAUGGCAUGGUGUUUUUAUUACGUAGAGCUAUUAAUGUAAUUAAUACAUGGAUAUUUAGAUGAGCUAAAGUCUCAUGGGAUUUGUUGAGAUCUCUCGUGAGGUGACACGUAAUGUUUUCAGUGGUUAGGGUUAGGGUUAAAUGUCCGAAAUGUACAUUGCACAUUUUUCAUCUUUUCAUUUUCAUUACAGUAUUUCAUUUUGAGUGAAAAGAAAAUACUGCUGCUUACGUGCACUCACUACCAGCUGUCACUCUGAGCCUGAAUGCAGCUCAGAUGGAAACAACCAUAUCUCAAAGCUGUUAACUAUAUGGGUAUGCUGUAACAAUGCCCAUUACCAAGGCGGGGCAGUCAUUUUUUUUAUUUUUUUUUAAACAUUUGUAUUUGGUUAAAAAAAAAAACAUCAACGAAGAAGUGGACAUAGCUAAUGCAGGACACGAGUUAGCUAUUAUCAGCUCAGCUCAACUUUAUUUAGAUCGCGAGCAAUCGGAUUCAUUUCAGAAUUGUUAGCGAGACGCUAGCUAAGUCCUUGCGAGUUUUUUUUUUUUUUAUAUAAAUAAAAAUAGACCUAAAUACAAAAGUAUUAUUCAAUUUAAAUAUUUAAAUCAUAGUUAAAUACUUAUAUUCAAUUUAAGUAUUUAUUAAUUAGAAGGUAAAAUAUUGUAAGACAUUGUCUCAUCCACCAUCAUGUAAUAUUCAUGAACAUCAAUGUGAAAAUGUAAAACUGGAAUUUGAAAAAUAACCUCUGAAUUGCAGGUAUUUCAAUUUUCAAAUAAGAAUAUGUGUCACUUUGGUAGUUGGCGAAGCAAGGCUAAAGGUUAAUUUCAUAAUAUUUCAUUUUAGCUAUUUACAAUGUUUUUGUUAGGAACCGUGUCUUUAAGGCAACAUUUCUGUAAAAAUGGACAAGGGGUAGCGCCUACACUUUUAGCAUUACCAAUUUGUCCUGGAUUUUAUUGUAUUGCACUGUAAAGACAAUGGUGGAACUCCAGGAAGAAUAGCAAUGGCAUCUGCCAAAGCAAAUGGAGAUCCUAAAUGAAAUUUCAAGCUAUGGGCCUUAUGUACAAGGAUUUUCAACACAAGAAAACAACAACAAAAACAUGUUAAUAGUGUGAUUUUGUUACUGUGCCUUCUGUGAGGUCCCAAUAUUUUUGUUUUUUCUUUUCCAAAAACAUACUGUGAACUGCGUGAGGAGUCGAAGCACUUUUGUUUUUUUCUUUAGCAUUUAGCUUCACAUCAUGUGACAUUUAAUUCAAUACGCCAGCUUCGGGUGACCGCAUAUAGACUAUUUUCGCUUAUAUGUGUCAAAGAAAAGAGAGCAAAAUGCUACAGUUGGAUAUUUCAGGGAAUUUUCAACUGCUUGAGCGCCAGGUCACAAGCUAGUACUCUGGCUUGUUAGCUUUCCCCUGAAAACAGCUGUCACUAAAACGUUUUACAAGCACCUCAAAAACUACUGAGCUAAUUAUAGGGUGAAAUAGCAUAAAUAAAACUAGGCUAAUCUCAGCCAAGCUAAGAUAAAGUAAGAGUUGUCUUGGGUCUUGGCUAGAAAGCAAUUGAGAACAUUUUUCAAUGAAUAUUAAAAAUGUGUAAAAAUGUUUUUGUGUGUUUGACUAACUUGAGUUUGACUAACUUGUUUAUUGCCAAUGCAUUUUUGAAUGUACAGUUGUCGCUCAGCUGCUCUUCUAUGAUGCCUGCUAUGAAUCUACAUUGUGUUCAAUCAUAUAUACAGUAUUGUCGAUUUUAUUUUCAGUUUUUUUUUUUACCUCUCGACUGAGUCCUACAGAGUUGAGACUCCAUUUUGAUCGCUCGAGUUAGCGAGCGCGUGAUAGUGAAAUGUGUAUGCACGUCUGUGGUGACACACAUAAGAAAAGUAAAUGUAUACUAUAUAUUAAAAAAAGGAUAUUUGGUCAUCCAGAUUCCUGUAACAAUGUGUCGUAAAAAAAAAAAAAGGUGACGUCUGACAUCCACAUCGUUGUUGUGUACAUUUGAAUGCUCAAUAAAAAUGUGCAAAAUUGUUGUA